GAGAGAGAGAAGGGAGCCAAGAGGGGAGACAAUGACUCGGUGGAGAGAGGGGAAAGGGAGAGAGAAAAAUCCCAGACCUCAUUUGAUCAGUCGGAUUUUACAGGGCAAGGGGAGGGGUGGGCAGGAUUGCUGUGUCCAGACCAGCUGAUUUAUCCCUCCCCCGCCCCCACCCCUCAAAGAGCCGAUGACCCAGAGGAAUCUCUCCCCGGAGGAUGGGGACUGCAGGAAAAGAGAAAUAUUUUCCGUAGCCCUUCCAUGGUAGGGGGAGUCUGGUUGGCUUAGGGGUAUGAGGGUCCCUUUGCCCCCCGGGUGGGGAACGGUGUCUGGGACUCAUUUCAACCCAGGUCUAGCAAACCCCAUUUCUAAUCUGCUGUGACUGGUCAGUGUGGACGGGCUCUGCAUCACGGUUCUGUGCGCUAGCACAGUUCUGGUGAAGAGCCCAACUGCCCUGCCGCACCAUUCAGAGCUUCUAGGAUGGAUUCUCUGGGGGCUGCCUCUGCUUGGGUCAUUCUCAUGCCCCAGCCUGGGGAUGGAGGGGUGUCGCCUGUGCCCCUGGGGCGGAUCUUUCCAAGACAUCCCAGCGCUGUCCCUCUGCGUCUCACUGCAGCCUCGGUUUGUGCUGGGGUCUCAGGCUGGAACGCAGAGUUGGGGAGGUUAAAGAUUUUCUUGCUCUGGAAGCAGGAGGUAAGUGCUCGGCUCCCGGUGACCUAUGUGCAUGCACGCUGGGAUUCUGUGCAAUUGGGGAAUUGCCACCACAGUAUGAUGCCAGGGCCCAGAGUCCUGCCUCAGGAAGUCACAGCACCAGCCCAUUAGCUUAGCAGGUGUUCAGCUGUGGGUCCAGGGACAGCUGACGAUUUAUCCAACCCUUGCUGGUGGUUCCUGGAGAGCUGGCUAAUCGCGUGGGAGGAAGGAUGGGCUCGUGGUUAAGGCGCUGGGCUGGAACUCAGGAGAUCUGAGGUCUGUUCCUAGCACUGAAUCAGACCUCUUCUGGGACCUUGGGCAAAUCAGUUAACCACUUUGUGCCUCAGUUUCCCCAGAAUAAGGGUGUAAUAAUACUUCCUCACCUGGCGUGGGUGCUCUGAGGAUUAGUUCAUUAGCAUACGUGAGAUGCUCAGAUUCCAGGGAUGAGCACCAGAGACAAGCCAAUAAGUAAAUGAAGCAUGUUCUCCUUAUUUCCAGCUGCUAAUGGUCCCUCAGUUCCUUUUGCAGGUUGGCAGUUGGUGUAGUUAUCCCAGGGACGUGGCAGGAGGGGAGAGGUCUGGGAGCCCAUCUCUCUAGUAAGAGGGGCUUUGCGCUGUGAGAAUGUUUAAGAGCCCAUGUCCUAGCGCCUGCAGCACGACACUGUUCCCUGGAGCUCUGGCUCCCGCAGGCGAGAGCUCCCGUGGCAACGUCUCUCUGGGAGGAGGGAAAUAAAUAUGGGCAGGAAGGAACCGGGAGGCGCAGUGUGACAGGUCUGGUUUUCUGUCCUGGGCCUGUGUGCCGGUUGGCAGCUCUACACCUGGAAAGAGAGGGACUCCCCUCACACAUUCCCCUCUCCGGCCGGUGAAUCUGCUCUUGCUCCCAGACAGACACACUACCCCUGUUAUACGUUGCUGGGCUGUCGCGCAGUCUAGGGAGGCUGCUAGGGGCACUCGCACUGUUUAGAGCUGUGCUUCGGGGUUCCCUGUCUCAGAGCCCAUCUCUUACGGGAUGUUCGGAGAACCCCGGGGUGCCUUCUGCAUGGGCUAUCGCAGGGCCUGCUUAAAGAAGGGCCCAGUCAGCGCUGGUGGGGUGAACCCCAUGGGUCUAGUCCCUCUGGAUAUCUAGGCAGAUUCUUACUGGCUUGAUCCCAUUGUAUCGGCUGAUACGUUCAACCCUUACCUGCAGCACACCCUGUUAUUCAAGUCCUGCAGCACUUCAGCCCUGUCUUACUGCUCAUGCACCUCAAACCUCACCUGUGACAUGGCCUGCUGCUCCAAUCCGGGCCGCUCCCAGGCAUUGGUAGCCAGCAUUGGCAAAUUGCCAGCCGGAUCCUGGACCAGGAUAAAUAUCCAGUAGGGAUCACACUGAGAUCCAGCACACUCAUUCCACAUGUGCUGCAGCCCUGGUCUCCGCUUGAUUCCCACCCAAUGAGCAUUCCCUCACGGGGUCACUGAGGAUCUCCAGUCCCUGAGCCACCGGGGUUGUCCUCAUUGGAACUCGUUGCUUUCCCGAAGUAGGACUCAGCCCACAGACCCCGCACAUGGCAGAAACCCUUUUGAUUGAUAGCCCAUCUGCAACCUGCUGGGAUCCAUCCUCUUCCCACUUGCUGCUCCCCACCCAGCGAUUUCCAACUCAGAGCAAGCCCGUGUGCCAGCCCUGCUGGUUGCACCCUCUCUCAUUCUGUCUCAUUCCAGACAGGGUUAACAUCUCCUCUGUCUGUGCCAGGAACACCCAGCUGAGGAGGAGAGAGCCGGAGAGCGAGAAGUGGGAUUCUUCCUUUUCUUUUUCGGAUUCUCCUUGCCUCCCUCCCCAUCGCCGUAGAGACGGUCUCCGGGGCGAGCGAAGGUGUCAGCGUGCGGAGAGGCAGGGGAAGCAUAGCAACCGGACUUCAGGAUGAAGAAGGUCCAGGAGCACCAUCUCCGGGAGCCCAUAAUUCCAGACCUGCUGAUGACCCCCAGCGACCAAGGAGAUGGGGACCUGGAGAUGGAGUACCCAGCAGAGAGAGGGAAUUGGACCGGGAAGCUGGAUUUCCUUCUCUCUUGUAUUGGCUACUGUGUGGGGUUGGGGAAUGUGUGGCGGUUUCCGUACAGAGCUUACACCAAUGGGGGAGGAGCUUUCCUUGUUCCUUACUUCAUCAUGCUGGCAAUAUGUGGGAUCCCCAUCUUCUUCAUGGAGCUCUCACUAGGCCAGUUCUCCAGCCUGGGGCCACUUGCCGUCUGGAAGAUAAGCCCGCUCUUUAAAGGUGUCGGGAUGGGCACGAUCCUGAUUGUCUCUCUGGUGGCCAUUUACUAUAACAUGAUCAUUGCUUACGUGCUCUUCUACCUCUUCGCAUCCCUGACAAGCAACUUGCCCUGGGAGCACUGCGGCAACUGGUGGAACACCGACCUCUGCUUGGAUCACCAGGUCAUCAAGGCAGGGAAUGCUGCCAUCCCAUUCAACAUCACCAACACCGUCAGCCCGAGCGAGGAGUACUGGAAUCGUUAUGUUCUGCAUAUCCAAGGGAGCUCUGGGAUCGGGGAUCCUGGGAGAAUCCGCUGGAAUCUGUGCCUGUGUCUACUGCUCUCCUGGGUCAUUGUGUACCUCUGUAUCCUCAAGGGAGUCAAAUCCUCCGGCAAGGUUGUGUAUUUCACUGCCACAUUCCCUUACUUCAUCCUGAUCAUGCUGCUUAUUCGUGGCGUGACCCUGGAGGGGGCCUGGAUAGGAAUCAAGUUCUACCUCACACCCCAGUUUGAUCACCUGCUGUCUUCCAAGGUGUGGAUAGAGGCAGCUCUGCAGAUCUUCUACUCCCUUGGGGUGGGCUUCGGGGGACUGCUCACUUUCGCGUCUUAUAACACCUUCCACCAGAAUAUUUACAGGGAUACAUUUAUCGUCACCCUGGGCAAUGCCAUCACCAGCAUCCUGGCCGGGUUUGCCAUCUUCUCCGUCCUGGGCUACAUGUCGCAGGAGCUGGGCAUCCCUGUUAACCAAGUGGCAAAAGCAGGUCCCGGCUUGGCUUUCGUGGUGUACCCCCAGGCCAUGACGAUGCUUCCUCUUUCUCCACUCUGGUCUUUCCUUUUCUUCUUCAUGCUGCUGACCCUGGGCCUGGACAGCCAGUUUGCCUUCAUGGAGACCAUUGUUACCGCAGUGACCGAUGAGUUUCCUUAUUACCUGCGGCCCAAGAAGGCUUUUUUCUCGGCCAUCAUCUGUAUCGCCAUGUACCUGAUGGGGCUCAUUCUCACGACAGAGGGCGGGAUGUACUGGCUAGUCCUGCUGGAUGACUACAGUGCUGGGUUUGGACUCAUGGUGGUGGUGAUUACAACCUGCCUGGUGGUGACACGUGUCUAUGGCAUGAAGCGGUUCUGCCGGGAUAUUCACAUGAUGCUGGGCUUCCAACCAGGGCUGUACUUUAAAGCCUGCUGGAUGUUCCUGUCCCCGGCAAUGAUGAUGGCCCUGCUAGUGUACAAUAUAGUCAAGUACCAGCCCUCAGAGUAUGGGAGUUAUCGUUUCCCAUACUGGGCCGAGGUCCUGGGCAUCCUGAUGGGGCUGUUCUCCUGCCUGAUGAUCCCCGCAGGGAUGGUGGUCGCGGUGCUCAGAGAAGAAGGGACGCUGUGGGAGAGAAUCCAGCAAGCCAGCCGGCCAGCCAUGGACUGGGGCCCUUCUCUGGAGGAGAACAGAACCGGCAUGUACGUGGCUACCUUGGCUGGCAGCCAGUCCCCCAAACCCUUGAUGGUCCACAUGAGGAAAUACGGGGGAAUUACCAGCUACGAGAACACAGCCAUCGAGGUGGACAGGGAGAUCGAGGAGGAAGAGGAGUCCAUGAUGUGAGGAGGCCACGAACCCGGUGGGGAGCAGAGAAUGGGGCACUGCACCCCUGAACUUGCACAGUUGCACUUAGGCACUUCGGGCCGGUUAACAGGCCUUUCUAAAGGCAGCUGCGAGUUGCUGACCUUCCAGCAUCCCACGGGACGCCCUGGCCUCUCCAGGAGAACGCUGCUGAGAAUUCCAGUGUUGCUGAGAUUUUCGUUCAGUGUGGCAAGCUGUGUAAUGAAUGUGUGUGUUAGCUCUCCGGUGUCUGGGACCAGCUGCCCGGACCCUACCCUGCUCCAGGCCUGCCCCAGCCUGCCUGGGGGCCCUCCGCCCAGAGUUAUGACUCACUGACCCCUGGGUAAAGACUGCGACACGCACCCCCUUUGCACUCCUUUUGCCCCGGCAUCAGCGAGCAAGGCAGUGGAGAACAAGGCUAGUAGUUGUUGGUGUUGUUUGUGGUUGCUAAUCCUGUUUAACUCCAAUGACACACGGACACUGUGGAGAAAGGAUGUCUUUGUUAACCUCGCCCUGUCAGUGGACGUGUGUGAGUGCCCGUGCGUCCCACCUCUGGGAAGGGAAGACCAGAUUGGCCAUUCUUGAUAAAUGAGCCUAGGGAAAAGAAAGCCCAUGUUAUAAAACAAACCAACCUGCCCCCUCCCAGGCCUUUCUGUGCACGGCAGAGAAAGGUCAAACCUGGCCCUGGGUCUGUGAUAAAUCAGUCCUUUGCAGGUUGCUCUUAAGAGGGGCCAUUUGCACUCUGGGUGAGUUCAGAACCUCGGGGUGAGGCGAUGUCAGGUAAACCCCGCCGUGGACUGCAGCUGGUGAUGGGGCAGAGCCUCUGGCUGUGGCUGUCCCUCCCCUAUUCCCGCCCAGGGUGGAGCAGAGUAGGGCCCAAGGGGGCGAUGGCUAAUCUCAGCAGUGCCCUCCAGUCGCACGCCCUGGGAGCAGAGUGCAGGCCCGGGGGGGCCCACUUGUCGUGAUCGCCGUGUGUUUUCCAUGCGUUUGCAAUGCGACGGGAUCGGCCCACUCGCCCCUGAGCGAAGGAGGCAGCAGGACCAGCCAGGCGCUCUCCGGCAUUGCUGCAGUGCUUGUGCUGGGCUGACUACCCCGUGAAUUAUGAAUGAGGAGCUAUUGGAAGUGUUACUAAAAUAACUUCACAGAAAGGAAUGGAAAAAACCUCUCUGCAUGGGAUCUUUGCGAGAUCCCUCUCGCUGGGCACAGAGACCCCCAUGCUGAGGGGCUGCCUCCGCUCCAGAGUCUUCUCCAGGCAGGGCCAGAAAUCCAGUCCCACUUCUUCUCCUCCAGUACCAGAGUCCACUCAAGGUGGGCACAGAUCACCUCCCCUUGUAGUCCUGGUUAUUGACGUUUUUUGGGGGGUGCCCCUUAUCUCACAUGGCAAUAGGAAAACCCUGGCCUGGCAAUCAGUGCUUGCAUGACAUGGAGUAUAGCUCCAGGAAUGUCCUGACUUGUCAAAGUCUCCAGGAAGUCCUCUCCCCAUAUGGCCUCUUACAAUUCCUAAAGUAGGGUGCCCAGAUAGCAAGUGUGAAAAAUCGGGACGGGGUGGGGGGAAUAGGCGCCUAUAUAAAACAAAGCCCCGAAUAUCAGGACUGUCCAUAUAAAAUCAAGUCUUCUGCUCACCCUAUGCUACACGCAGCUCUCCACACCUUCCUCCCUCAGCAGUCUGAGGGUAUGGCUACCCUGUGCGCUGUGAGUGCAUCUACACAGCAAAAAUCAAUCCAUCAAUCUGUGGCAGCGAGUCUCAGAGCUCGAUCAACUGACUUGGGCUUGCGGGGCUCAAAAGAGCAGUGCAGACAUUCAGACUCCGGCUGAAACCCGGGAUAUGAGACCCUCCCCUGUUGCCAGGUUUCACAGCCCGGGUUCCAGCCCAAGCCCGAGCAUCUACACUGCUAUGUUUAGCCCACAGCGUGAACCCUGCAUCAAUUGACCUAGGCUCUUUGCUGUGUAGACGUAAUCUACGCCUGGGCUCUGAAUCAGGUUUGAGCCCAAGUCCCACUUCUGUCCACAUACAAAUCAGUCUGUCCUGGGGCCUGGGACCCUGCUAGGGGAGUGGGUCAGAGCCUGCGAUCUGCUGUGACGUGGGUCCAAGCCCUGGCAAUUUGCAGUGUGGCUGCAGGUCAAGCCGCAGACCCGAGUCAGAAGGUCUGCGUAGCGCAGCGUGGAAGCGUUUGCACGGCUGAGAGACCCGCGUCCAGCAGCUGUGACCCCAGGUUUUCAAUGCAGUGUGGUGGCUCAAGGGCAAGCUCACAGGUCCACAGUGCAGUGCGGGGAUGUCUGCACUUCAAGCUGGGGGUGCAAUCCCAUGUUAGCGCAAUCAGAGGCAGUGCGCUAAAAACUGCAGGGUAGCUGCAGUGGCGCGAGCAGCGGGAUGGGGUAGCUGCCCCCCCCAUAUGUGCUGAGGGUCUCCCACUGGAUUGUACGUGAGGCUGUUAGGCCUUCCCACUGCUGUGGCUACGCUGCUACUGUUAGCGCAGUAGCGUGAGCAGAGCUGGCGUGGGUACGUCUCUCUUCGCCCAGCGUAGCCACAGCCUCAGGGUUGGAGGCCAGGGCAUCAGUGGCUCCUGGCGGCAUGAUUCCGUGUCCUGUGAUUUCCAGUUUUGCCAGCCUGCCCCGCAGGGUCCUGGCAGCCGGUGUGUGUUUGUGCGUCGGUGCGUCAGCAGCUCAGCUCCUGCCGGUGCUGUUGUGCCUGGAGGGUGCAGGGCACCCUCUCUGAAGGAGCAGCAUUUCAAUACCUAAGCUGCCCCCGUGGUGGUUUGUAGUGUAUCCCGUGUUCGCCUACUGUGACGUGUGUUCUCGAGUGUGCGUGUGUCAUCGAUGUAACAUUGCAAACAAAUGAAGAUUCACCCUUCGGUGAGUGCUGUUUUCACUGCACCCUGGGCUUGAA